UAAACAACCAAACUCAUGGACGGAGUUCUAUUCUUGGUUUCACACAUAUCUUUAGUUCGAGUCGUGUUCAGUCUUUCUACUACAUCGAAAGUGUUAUAAAAGUGCAAUGAUUUUACGGAGGAUUCUCUAGAUAAUAUCGUUAAUAAAUUAAAGGGGUCAUAGGUGAAUUUGAUCAGCAUGGCUCAACAACAGUGUCCCUACCAAAGCAACUUCCAGCAGCAGCAACCGGUCGAGGCUUGUAUGCAGCGCGAUGUGGACUAUUGUGAGUUUAAUGACGAGGACGAAAUGGUGACGACCGAGCGCGAGUUGGCGGAAGACGCACAGUGGAAAAAAAUCCAACAAAACACCUUCACGAGAUGGGCCAACGAGCACCUGAAGACCGUGCAAAAGCACAUCGGAAACCUGGAGACUGACCUCAGUGACGGAUUAAGACUCAUCACCCUAAUCGAAGUCCUCGCAGGAAAACGUCUCCCUAAGCACAACAAGAAGCCCUCGUUCCGGUCCCAGAAACUAGAAAACGUCUCGGUGGCCCUCAAGUUCCUCCAAGACGACGAGGGAAUUAGAAUUGUUAAUAUCGAUUCGAGUCACAUAGUCGAUUGUAAAUUAAAAUUAAUAUUAGGUUUGAUAUGGACGUUAAUUUUGCAUUACUCCAUAUCCUUGCCCAUGUGGGAGGGCGAAGACGAUAUGAACAACGGCGGCACCGAACCCACACCCAAACAAAGGCUAAUGAACUGGAUCCAGACUAAACUGCCAGACUUGCCCAUACAUAAUUUCACAACAGACUGGAAUGACGGAAAAGCUGUCGGGGCUUUGGUCGACGCCGUCGCACCCGGUCUUUGCCCCGAUUGGCCGGACUGGAAUCCCAAAGAUUCGGUCGAAAACGCGUCGGAAGCCAUGGGGCUGGCCGACGACUGGCUGGGAAUCCCCCAGUUGAUCAAACCGGAAGAAAUCGUCAACCCCAACGUCGACGAACAAUCGAUGAUGACUUACUUGUCGCAAUUCCCGAACGCCAAACUCAAAACUGGGGCCCCUCUGCGGCCUAGAACUAGUCCCAAUAAACUCCCUCCUCCUCGGGUAAGGGUUUAUGGUCCUGGAAUUGAACCGACGGGGCCUGUGGUCGGGGCUCCUGCUAAUUUCACUGUUGAGACAUUCUCGGCCGGUAAAGGUCAAGUCGAUGUUGUUGUUGAAAAUCCAAAGGGACAGAAAGAACCAGUCGAAGUACGUUUCAAUAACGACAGAAACUUAACUUAUUCAGUUGCAUAUACGCCGAAAAUCGAGGGCAAUCACAAGAUUUCGGUUAAAUUUGCCGGACGCGAAGUCCCCAAAAGUCCCUAUACUGUCAAAGUCGAGGGACAUGCGGGAGAUCCCACGAAAGUUACAGCGUCAGGUCCGGGCCUACAACCAGACGGCGUUUGCAUCAACCGGCCCACUUAUUUCGACAUUUCGACCAAAAAUGCUGGUAAAGGUGUCCCGGAAGUGAUAAUUCUAGACCCGUCAGGUAACAAAAACUCGAUCCCUGUGACAGUGCGCCAAACUAAUCAAGAUCUGUGGCGUUGCGAAUACAUCUCUCCUACUGUUGGUUUACAUUCCGUUAACAUUUUCUUCGCCGGCCAACCCAUUCCAAAAAGUCCCUACGGCGUCAGGGUUUCCCCCGUUUCCGACGCCCGGAAAGUGCGUGCGAGCGGGCGCGGCCUCCAACCUGCCGGCGUCCGAGUGAAAGAUGAUGCCGAUUUCCGAAUAUACACAGAAGGGGCGGGUGAGGGGGUCCCCGAUGUCCAGAUAAUCGGACCGGGAGGGGUCAAAGAAUCCUGCAAAAUCACCAAAAUCGACGGCACCACCUAUUAUGCCGUUUAUCACCCCAUGAAAGAAGGGCGAUAUAUCGUAAUGAUCACUUUCGCCGGACAGGAAAUUUACAAAUCGCCGUUUGAGGUCAACGUAGGCCCGUACAAAGAGACCUUGAUUCGGGCUUACGGCCCGGGUUUGGCGGGCGGAGUCGUCGGGUAUCCAGCUCUGUUCACAGUGGAGACCAAUGGGGAGACUGGAGCUUUGGGAUUUAGCAUCCAGGGGCCCUCCCAGGCCAGGAUCGACUGUCAGGACAACGGCGAUGGCUCCGCCGACGUCCGCUACUACCCGACAGCCCCCGGGGAAUACGCCGUUCACAUUCUGUGUGACAGCGAAGACAUUCCGAAAAGCCCCCACAUUGCUCAAAUUCUGCCAAACACUGACUACCACCCCGAAAAAGUCGAGGUUUACGGGCCCGGGAUCGAGCCCUCGGGGGUCCAGAAGGACGUUCCUGCGAAAUUUACGAUAGACGCACGCAAAGCAGGCUCGGCACCGCUUGAUGUCAGAGUGGCCGACGCUAACUGCAAACCCGUCGAAGUCAAGCUGACUGAAAAACCUGACGGGACGGUGGACGCUGUUUACGUCCCGCAUGCCGGCAAUAGACACACAGUGCAAGUGAACUAUGGCGGCGUUGCGACGAAGAAUUCGCCGUUCAGGGUUUAUGUAGGCGAACCUGUUGACGCGUCCAAGGUUCAUUGUUUCGGGCCGGGGGUUGAAGACGGCGUCAAGGCGAACACUCCGACUCACUUCAAUAUUGAUGCAAGAGACGCCGGGGAUGGCGACUUGGACGUCCAUCUGGUCAAUGAGGAGACCCGGCAGGAGAUUCCGGUCAAGUUGACCGAUAACGGCGAUCGGACGUACACCGUUGACUAUGAGACUCCUCAGUCGGGGAUGCACACGGUGACCCUCCACUAUGGCGGUUUGCGCGUGCCCACCACUCCGAUCAAGUUCAAAGUGCAUCCAAAUGUGGACGUUUCGAAGAUACGAGUUGACGGAUUGGAACCAACGGCUCCUGUGAAUAGUUUGCAACAGUUCCGUGUAAUCACCCAAGAUGCAGGUAAAGCAGAGUUCGCUAUUUCCAUUACUAGUCCUUCCGGAAGUAAAGUCAAAGCUCACGUGAUUCCGACUCACGAGGGUUACUUAGUAAACUUCACUCCGACUCAGUUGGGGGAGUACCUAUUAGGGAUCUCCUUCGGUGGCGAACCGAUCUCGCACAGACCAUUCAGACUGACUUGUCUGACUGGCAGUGACCCUCUGAAAGUCAAAGCCUCGGGACCAGGCUUGCACAGAGGGAUUGUGAACCGGCCUGCCGAAUUCAUGAUAGAUACUAGAGGCGCCGGUCAAGGUGGUUUAGGGGUGACAGUUGAAGGACCUUGCGAAGCCGCUAUCAACUGUCGAGAUAAUGGUGAUGGGACCUGUUCCGUUGCAUACUUACCCACCGAAAUCGGCGAUUAUGGGAUUAAUAUCACUUUUAACGACCAGCAUAUUCCGGGUAGCCCGUUUCAAGCGAUUAUUGUACCCGAAGUCGAUAUGAACAAAAUUAAAGUUUCUGGAAGCGGGAUUCAGUUACACGGUGUUUUCGUUGACUCUCCUACUGAUUUCCUUGUUGAUACAAGGGGUAUACCAAAAACAGCCGAUGACGGCAUAGUCACGUGCACUAUCACGAACCCCUCCGGGGCCCAGACUGAGAAUUUAGUCACCCCUUUGCUGGACGGCACUUACAAAGUUAGUUACACGCCGUUUGAGGAAGGUAGACAUACUAUAGACAUUUUUUACGAUAAUGUGCCAGUCCCUGGAUCACCUUUCAUUGUCAAUGUGAGGCGAGGUUGUGAUGCCAAAAAAUGCAUAGCUUACGGGCCUGGCCUAGAGCAAGGCUUUUUGAACAAAUCGAAUGUCUUCACUGUUGAAACCAAAGGUGCGGGAACUGGUGGCCUUUCUCUUGCCAUCGAGGGCCCGUCGGAGGCCAAAAUGACGUGCAAAGACAACAGAGACGGUUCUUGCUCCGUGGAGUACAUCCCCACUGAGCCAGGCGAGUACGACGUUGCAAUCAAAUUCGCCGACCAACACAUUUCAGGAUCCCCAUUCAAAGUCCAAGUGGUCCCAGACGUUGAUGAAAAACUGGUGCGUGCCUACGGCCCGGGUCUGGAACCUUCGAACUGCCGUUCAGGCGUCCCAACUAAAUUCACAAUAGACGCGUCAAAAGUGGGUCCAGCCCCGGUCGCUGUCAACAUAACUUCCGACCAAAAACCCCUUCCACGACGACCAGAAGUGAAAAACAACGAUGAUGGCACUUUUGAAGUGUCCUACAUCCCGCCGAACGAAGGCGCGAACCUUAAGGCCCAAAUUACAUACAAUGGAAAGGACAUCCCGAACAGUCCUUUCCCGGUUAAGGUUCGACCCACUGUAGAACCCGAAAGGGUGAAAUUGAGUGGGCCAAGCAUUGACGAAAAUCGGGUGCCGGCCUCGAUACCUACUACGAUUAAAAUUGAUACUAAGGAAGCCGGAUAUGGGGAUUUGGAUGUGCAAGUGUUGGGCCCUGACGGUUAUCCACGGAAAGUUAAAAUUACCGAUAAUGGGGACGGGACGUAUGGGGCUACUUUCGUGCCGGAUGACUGCGGCAGGUACAAAAUUGAUGUCAAAUACGGAGGGAAAGAAGUAACGAAGGCCCCAAUUUCGACGCAAGCUUACGCGAUUGGAAAUGCUGAGAAAUGCAAAAUAACCGAAGGGGUAGAAAAGACAAUUUGUAGUGGGGAGUCUUAUUGUAUUACGGUUAAUACGGAAAAUGCCGGUCGGGGGGCUGUAACUUGUAGGAUUAGGUCGACUAGUGGCAGUGAUUUAGAUAUUAAUAUUGUGGAUAAUGGAGAUGGCACGUUCAAUAUUUAUUACACUGUUAACGACGCUGAUGAUUAUACAAUUAAUAUUAAGUUUGGUGGGCAACCAAUUCCAGGUGGUUUUUAUACAUUUACGGCCGAGGAAGUUAGUAAAUCCGAGAAAACCAGUGUUAGUCACUCACAAACCGAAUCUGUGAAGAAAACAUCCACCAGAUCGAAACAAACUUUCCGACCUCUCAAUUUCGACAAUAUCCCAUUGCCGAGCACCGGAGGACACGUCACAGCCGAAAUCAAAAUGCCAAGCGGAACGACUGACAAGCCCGUGAUUGAAGACAACCAUGAUGGUACUGUUUCAAUCCGUUACGACCCCCGCGAGGAAGGGCUUCACGAGCUCGCCGUGAAAUUCAACGGAGAGCACGUCCAAGGCUCCCCUUACAAAAUCCACGUCGAUUCAAUCAGCUCCGGUUACGUAACGGCCUACGGCCCCGGCCUCACCCAUGGGGUUUCGGGCGAGCCCAGCAAUUUCACCAUUUCGACCAAAGGGGCGGGCGCCGGGGGCCUCUCCUUGGCCGUGGAAGGGCCCAGCAAGGCCGAAAUCAGCUGCCACGACAACAAAGACGGUACCGUUUCCGUCUCCUACCUACCGACUGCGCCAGGCGAGUACAAAAUCUCCGUCCGGUUUGGCGACAAGCACAUCAAGGGCUCGCCCUUCAACGCGAAAAUCACCGGCGAGGGGCGCAAACGUAACCAGAUUUCGGUCGGCUCCUGCAGUGAGGUGUCUCUCCCCGGGAAGAUUUCCGACGCGGACAUCCGGUCCUUGAACGCGUCGAUCCAAGCCCCAAGUGGGUUGGAGGAACCGUGUUUCUUGAAGCGGCUCCCGACUGGGAACAUUGGCAUCUCGUUCACCCCCAGAGAAAUCGGGGAACAUGUCGUCUCGGUCAAAAAAAUGGGCAAUCACAUCACCAACUCUCCCUUCAAAAUCAAUGUUUGCGAGAGGGAGGUUGGAGAUGCCCGCAAGGUCCUAGUGUCCGGAAACGCCCUGAAGGAGGGCAAGACGCACGUCCAGAACACUUUUAACGUCGAUACGAGGAACGCCGGGUUUGGCGGCCUCUCCUUGUCAAUUGAAGGGCCCAGCAAGGCCGAGAUCCAGUGCAAUGACAACACUGACGGUACUCUUAAUAUUUCAUACAAGCCCACCGAGCCUGGCUAUUACAUUGUCAAUUUGAAAUUUGCCGAUCAUCACGUUAACGGAUCCCCCUUUACGGUCAAGGUUACUGGUGAAGGUACCAACAGGCAACGAGAGAAAAUCCAACGGCAGAGGGAAGCCGUCCCGAUUACCGAAGUCGGAAGUCAGUGCAAACUCACAUUCAAAAUGCCCGGAAUUACGUCGUUCGACCUCAGCGCAACGGUCACAUCUCCUGGCGGUGUAACCGAAGAUGCGGUUAUUAACGAGGUGCAGGAUGGCCUCUAUGCCGUCCACUUCGUGCCCAAAGAACUGGGCGUGCAUACUGUUUCGGUGAGAUACAAGGACAUCCACAUCCCUGGUUCUCCAUUCCAAUUCACCGUGGGGCCGUACCGCGACCACGGGGCCCAUUUGGUGAAGGCCGGCGGCGCCGGUUUGGAGCGAGGCGAGCAAGGGGAGCUCAACGAGUUCAACGUCUGGACCAGAGAGGCCGGCAGUGGCCAGCUCGCCAUUUCCGUAGAAGGCCCGAGUAAAGCUGAAAUUAACUUUACCGAUCGCAAAGACGGCUCUUGUGACGUGUCGUACCGCGUCUCUGAACCAGGUGAAUACCGUAUUGGAUUGAAAUUCAACGACGAACAUGUGCCCGACUCGCCCUUCAAGGUGUACAUCUCACCAGCCGUUGGUGAUGCCCACUUACUCGAAGUCGCGCAGUUCCCCGAGGGCUGCAUCCAGGCCGACAAACCCUCGCAAUUCAUCGUACGCAGAAAUGGGGCCAAGGGCAAUCUAGACGCCAAAAUCAUCGGCCCCUCGGGCCACGAGGACGAUUGCUUCGUCCAAAUCAUCGACUUGGAGGAGUACUCCGUGCGUUUCAUGCCUCGCGAGAACGGCAUUCACAAAAUCCACGCCAAAUUCAACGGAGUGCACAUCCCGGGAUCCCCCUUCAGCGUCAAAGUCGGCAAAGACACGGCCGACCCCGCCGCCGUCCAUGCCGCAGGGGCCGGCCUUACCGACGUCAAAACGGGAGUCAAAACUGACUUUAUCAUCGAUACUGUGAACGCCGGAGCGGGCACUUUGGCUGUCAAUAUCGAUGGUCCUAGCAAAGUUUCAAUGGAUUGUACUGAAGUCGAGGAAGGCUACAAAGUGCGAUACACCCCGCUGGCCCCCGGAGAUUACUACAUCAGUAUUAAAUACAACAACAAUCACAUAGUGGGGUCUCCGUUUAAAGUCAAUAGUAAAGGAGACGCGAAAGUUGCGGACAUUGGCGGACAGGAAUCGUCGUCGGUCGUCGUGGAGACAACAGCGAAGGUCGGCAAAGGGCUCAACGGCUCGAAAGGAGGACCGGUUCUGCCACACUUCAAGAGCAACGCCUCCAAAGUCACCUCGAAGGGACAAGGCUUGAAGAAGGCUUUCUUAGGGAAACAGAACCAGUUCACUGUCUCAGCGCAAGACGCUGGUACCAAUAUUUUAUUCGUCGGCGUUCAUGGACCGAAAGGACCCUGUGAGGAAGUCUUCAUCAAACACCAAGGCCGCAACCAGUACGCCGUCAGUUACGUGGUGCGAGAAAGAGGUGAUUACAUCGUUAUCGUCAAGUGGGGUGAUGACCAUAUUCCAGGGUCUCCAUUUAAAGUGGAAGUUUAGAUAUUAAGUGAUUUUAUUUUAUUUUUUCCAUUACACGGUUUGGUGGAAAAUUAUCAGUUUUUUGUAAAUAUCUGACAAUUUUCAAAACUCGUUUUCCACUAACUUUUCAUGGUGCCUUAUUAUUUUAAGUUUCAUAUGAUUUUUAUCAGUUGUAGUAAGUUAUUCUUAAAACAUUUAAUAGUAAUUUUUCUUAUAUACAUAAUCGCUGGUAUUUUCAUUUUUUCCAGUAAAUGUUAUUUUACUACAAUAAAUUUAUGCAUAAAAUGA